GUAUUGGAUCUGCGAGUGUGACCACUGAAAAAAGUUCUACAAUAUGUUCAAUUUCUUUCGGAAGAGCCAAGAUGCAAAGAAAAUCACAGUCCCUGAAACCGAAGAUGGUGGUUUUGUUUUACUCGGACAGACCUCUAAUGAACAAAGAAUAGGAAGGCCUCCCUUUCCUGUGUCUGAUUUUACCUAUAAGCCACCUUUCCAGGUACCUCAAGAGACUACACAUCAUUUAAAUAGAGAUGGGUCUGAAAACAAUAAACUCAUCAGCCAAACAUCUGAAGGAAAUGCAGUAAUGGCAGAAGUCCUCAAUGACAUCCCUUUCACCUUAGCCCCUCAUGUCCAGGAGAUGCAGAACAUUUGUAAAGAGAUGCCUGAAAGAGUUCCAUUAUAUAAUAUGGAAGAGAACUUCGCAAGAUUUCACUAUGACUUCCCCUUGGAGAAUUCUGUCCUUUGUAGUCUUUAA